AUGGAAAAUGAAACCGGUAACAGCGCUGAUUGUAGAGAAACAGAAAAUGACAGAAUGAGGUUGGGUGUGUGCUUAACGGCACGAGACUCUCAUUAUUGCCUUACCACUUCCACAGAAAAUCUCCCUGUAGGCAAUACUGAAUAUUUAAGAGCGACAAAUGAACUGAUCUCAUCAUUUAUUAUUAGAUGGACUUUUAUUAUGCUUUGGUUGCCACAAAAAGAUUAA